AUAAAAUGAGUCUCUCAGAGGAGCCAAAGACCAAAGGAAAAACCCUCAGCACUGAGAGGAAGAGGGUCCAGGUAGAAAGAGCCGGGUCACCUGUACCCAGCUGUCUGUCUAUGAGGAGUGAUGAGUCAAUGGAGAAGGCAUUCAACUUCAGAGGAGAGUUACCAGGUGAUUCAAGGGUCCAGGUAGAAAGAGCCGGGUCACCUGUACCCAGCUGUCUGUCUAUGAGGAGUGAUGAGUCAAUGGAGAAGGCAUUCAACUUCAGAGGAGAGUUACCAGGUGAUUCAAGGGUCCAGGUAGAAAGAGCCGGGUCACCUGUACCCAGCUGUCUGUCUAUGAGGAGUGAUGAGUCAAUGGAGAAGGCAUUCAACUUCAGAGGAGAGUUACCAGGUGAUUCAAGGGUCCAGGUAGAAAGAGCCGGGUCACCUGUACCCAGCUGUCUGUCUAUGAAGAGUGAAGAGUCAAUGGAGAAAGCAUUCAACUUCAGAGGAGAGUUACCAGGUGAUUCAAGGGUCCAGGUAGAAAGAGCCGGGUCACCUGUACCCAGCUGUCUGUCUAUGAGGAGUGAUGAGUCAAUGGAGAAGGCAUUCAACUUCAGAGGAGAGUUACCAGGUGAUUCAAGGGUCCAGGUAGAAAGAGCCGGGUCACCUGUACCCAGCUGUCUGUCUAUGAGGAGUGAUGAGUCAAUGGAGAAGGCAUUCAACUUCAGAGGAGAGUUACCAGGUAAUUCAAGGGUCCAGCAGUCACUGGAGUCCAGAUCUUUUGAAGAGAAGAGUUCUGAGAAAUGUUCUUUCCCAAACCAGUCUCUCCUGCGCACUCUGAUGAAGCUGAAGAAGGAUGAGAAGUUGAAACUGUUUCAGAGCCAUCUGAGUCAGGAUUGCCCAGAAUGCUUUAAGGGUCUGUCUGAAGAUCCUUCUGUACUGGAUAAGUUUAUGAAGAUGAAGGAAUUGUUCAGGAGUCAUCAAAUUGCUGAUUACCCAGAAUACACUGAGAGAGAGCAGGAGGAUCCUGAGGUCCUGUACAUAGUUGAGAAGAUGCUGGAGACGUGUGGCAGUAAGAGGUCUCUGAAGAUCACACUCCACAUCCUGAGGAACAUUAAGCAGAAGGAUCUUGCCGACUCACUGGAGAGAGAUGAGCAGCUCAAUGAAUCCAUAAAAAGAGCCCAGCAGAAACUGAAAACUCAUCUGAAGAAGAAGUUUGAACGCGUAUUUGAAGGUUUAGCAAAGCAGGACCGCCCAACCCUCCUCAAUGAGAUCUACACAGAGCUCUACAUCACAAAGGGGGGAAGUGGGGAGGUCAAUAAUGAACACGAGGUCAGACAGAUUGAGACAGCAUCCAUGAGACAAACCACACAGGAGAUGGCAAUCCUCUGCAAUGACAUCUUUAAGCCUUUACCUGGACAAGAGAAACCCAUCAGAACUGUGCUUACAAAGGGCAUCGCUGGCAUUGGGAAAACUGUCUCUGUGCAGAAGUUCAUUCUGGACUGGGCAGAAGGAAAAGCCAAUCAAGAUGUUGAUUUCAUCUUCACUCUCCCUUUCCGAGAUCUGAAUUUGAAGAAGGAAACAACAGUCAGUCUGAUGCAACUUCUGCAGCACUACUUUCCACAACUGAAAGAGAUCCAAAGUGUUGAAGGUGAUAAAGUCAAAGUGGUGUUUAUCUUCGAUGGUCUGGAUGAGUGUCGACUUCCUCUAGAUUUCCAAAGCAAUAAGAACUGCUGUGGUAUAACAGAGGCAUCAUCAGUGGAUGUGCUGCUGACCAACCUCAUUAAGGGGAAUCUGUUUCCCUCUGCUCUCCUCUGGAUCACCUCCCGACCAGCAGCAGCCAAUCAGAUCCCUCCUGAGUGUGUCCACCAGGUGACAGAGGUACGAGGGUUCAAUGACCCACAGAAGGAGGAGUACUUCAGGAAGAGAAUCAGAGAUCAGAACCAGGCCAGCAGAAUUAUCUCACACAUAAAGUCAUCCAGGAGUCUCUACAUCAUGUGUCACAUACCAGUCUUCUGCUGGAUUUCUGCUACUGUUCUGGAUACAAUGUUGGGUGAAACAGAGAGUGGAGAUCUGCCCAAAACUCUGACUGAAAUGUACACACAUUUCCUUCUCAUUCAGACUAAUGUGAAGAAUCAGAAGUAUCAUGGCACGUAUGAGACAGACGCAAAGAAGAUGUCAGCAUCAGAUACUGAAAUCAUCCUGAAACUGGGGCAGCUGGCUUUUCUACAGCUGGAAAAGGGCAAUCUGAUAUUCUAUGAAGAGGACCUGAGAGAGAGUAGCAUUGAUGUCAGUGAAGCUUCAGUGUACUCUGGGGUGUGCACAGAGAUCUUCAAAGAGGAGUGUGGGUUGUAUCAGGAGAAGGUCUACUGCUUUGUGCAUCUGAGCAUUCAGGAGUAUCUGGCUGCCUUGUUUGUGUUUCAUUCUUGUGUAAAUGAGAACAGAAAUGCACUCCGAGCAAAAAAAUAUCGCAUUGACAGAGUAGAGCUGUCUGAGUUACACAGGAGUGCAGUGGAUCAGGCCUUAGAGAGUAAGGAUGGACACCUGGACCUUUUCCUCCGAUUCCUGCUUGGCCUCUCUCUGGACUCCGUUGAGACUUUCUUAAGACACAAAACAAAUCCCAUUGUUACAUUCUUUCAAAGACUAAGGACACAGCCAGAAAGCAGAUCAGAGAGCAUUGAGAAAACAGUCCAGUACAUUAAGGAGAGGAUCAGAAAGGAAUCUUCAGCAGAGAGGACCAUCAAUAUGUUCCACUGUCUGAAUGAACUGAAUGACAGCUCUCUAGUGCAGGAAAUCCAGAAUUUCCUGAGAUCAGGAAAACUCUCUGAUAAAAAGCUGGAACCAGACCAGUGUUCAGCGCUGGCCUUUGUGUUACUGAUGUCAGAGGAGAUCCUGGAUGAGUUUGAUUUGAAGACCUACAACACAUCAGCAGCAGGUCAUCAGAGACUGGUACCUGUAGUCAGGAACUGCAGAAAGGCCAUGUGA